AUGACCUGUAUUACUCUCUCCAUUGCUGUCGUUGCGUCUUCGGCGGUUCUUGUGAGCGCUCGUCCAACUUAUGUCACUCGCGUGCCUAACGGUGGAAACGUAGUCGGCGUUCAAGCUUUGGGCCACAUCAAUGUCCAAGGUGGUGGUCCCAGGAAUUCAUUCGGUAGUGAUUUUGAGGACGCCGAUUUGCAGUGGACAAGUGAACUUUGUGCGAAAGACUCGGAUGGUGAUGGACAGUCCAAUGGCCAUGAAUUAGGCGACCCAUGCUGCGAAUUUUCAUCGGAAAACAAUACCGUGCGCUGGUCCACUGGUGUGUCGCACCCAGGCGACGCGACUUCUAUGUCGAAUUCAUCGCUGUGGAUUAACAUUAUCUGUCCUAACAGUACGACCCCGGGAAACAGCAGCACCACAGAUAUUCCAGACCCAACGCAAACGAAUUCUACUGCUGAUGACUCGACUAAUUCUACCACUCCUACUAGCGAUCCAACUCCAUCGACCACAAGUGCAGCUUCUGGGAUAACCCCAGCCAUCUAUACUGCCGUCGGAGUUGCCGCUACCUUAAUUGCUUACUACCUCUAG